AAGGUGCGGUGCCACUCAAAGCUCAAGAACCCACACCUGGCGUUCCCAUUUCCCGUCUCUCAUCUAGAACUUUUGAUCAUAGCGCUGCCGCCUUUCAGGGAUUUAGCUGUUUGUGGAAGGGCGGUGUUCUGUGUUUUAAGGCAAAGACUGAGUAAAACGGAAAGAUAAGAUACAGCACCAUGGUCUUCAGCAGAGCGGAUGUCUUGAACCUGGUGAUAGAAGUGUGUAGAGAGGAGAAAUUGCGAGUAUGCUUAAGUGAGAGCCUGAAGGGAGGACUCAUAGCUGGCACCACCGCCGCUGUUGGGGGAUUGCUCGGAGGAGCAAGGGGCCUAGCAUUGGGAGGAGCAGUCGGGGGUUUGGUGGCAGCAUACAUGGCAGACGAUGAUUAUAAGAGUGCAGUUCAAAUUAUCAUGGACGAUCUCACGCCUGAGCAAAGGGAUAAACUUUUACACUCAGUCACGAGGGAACUCAUCAACUUGGGUGUAAUAGCACUGCCUUCACUGCUCAAUGAAGUCACUCUUCCAGCUGAUCUGAAGCACAAAGUGGCUCAGGAGAUAGUAAGCUUCUUCAGCUCACAGCUUAAAAUGAAGAUACAAUAUUGAUCGAUUUGGAUCCAUAUUUGGGAUAUACUCCCCAGUGUUUAAAAAUAUGAAUAUUGAUAUAUCAUAUGUGUUUGGAAAAUAUAUGUGCUCUAUUUUAUUUGAAUAAUUAAUCUGAUUUAUACACGGUCAGUGACGUAUUGAUCUGUGUGCAGUGCAUUUUAAUAUCUUCCUAUUUGAUAUGAGAUUCUUUUUGUCAUUUACACUGAAAUUGUAAAAUCAAUCUGUUUUGAAAUAUAAGUAUGCUCUUUAA